CAGGCAGAGUGAAGGAAGGAGGGGAGGGAGCUAUGGCCAGUGAAGGAGACACAGGAUGAUAUGGAAGCAAUGGGAGCUCCAAAAUAUCACUGAAAAGCCAGGAUCAGAGCUACUGAUAGAAGUCGUGUUUUUACCCUGGCACAUCUGGCAGCUGUGUAUGUUCGAAGCUGGGAUGGAAAGCAGCAGCUGAAGCUGCCAGGAUCACCGUCUUCUGCUCCCCUCAGAGAUGUGCCAGGGAGUCAGCCAUAGCAGAGAGCUGUGUGCUUUACCAUCUCAAGACCCCUGGAGCAAAAGCCAGGUGUGCCAGCGGGCUGCAGAGGACCACAAGGGCCGCAACAACACAUGGAGACAGAGGAGGACUCCGGGGACACUGGACAACUGAUAAAAUCUGAUUGUAGAAAAGAUGGAGAUGGAGGUUAACACAGGAGAGUGUGUGUCCCCGAGGAGAUCCACAGGACGGGCAAAUAAAUCCCCCAGAAAAGUAAGACCUGCAAGUGGAAACUCUCAAGACACUGAACAAACUGACAAGUCAGGGAGGCAUGAAGAAAAAGGGAUGAAGACAUCUGUGCUACAGGGAAAGGUGAAAGCCCUGAAGGAAAAACAGAUCAAGGAGAAAGAACCAAGACACUCCGAGAGUCGUGGAACAAGUCAAGGUGACAUUUCUGAAGAUGCCCUGGUUUCUCCACAGCUUCGUACGUACCUAACUGAAGACCUGUUGGACUGUCAUAAGCAAGAUGUGUGGGGAACUGAUGAGCUUUGGGAGACUUGUAACAUAAGUGGAUCUUCCUUGAAUUACUACAGUAGCUGCCAAACAGAAAACGUGUCCAACUCUGUUCCUGUUGAUGAGAACAGUUCACAAUUCUGUCCUCACGACUGCUUGCACUCUUCAUGUGACAAUCCCUGCAGUACCCCAUGCACUACAGGGGACCCCCACUGCUCGCUGAGUCUGGCCGAGCGAGUGGAGAGAAACCGGCUGGAGCUGAGAUGCAAAUUAAACAGAACCGCAUGUCACAGCGUGGACAAUACAAAUGGUGAUCUGCCCAGCCAAGGACACGUCUCCAAAGAUGUCAGCUGGUUGUUCCCCAGCGAGACAGAUGCUGAUUCUGGGGUAUCUAUACCCAUAAUAGAUGAUGGCAGGGAGCUCAGCGUCCGUCACGAACAGGCCAAGCAGCUGCUACACAGAGCACGGAUGAAAGCAAAGGGGGCCAGUCCCUUGCGAGCCUCCCACUGUGUACUACCGCAUCCGCACUCGCAGCCAUCACUUCGCCGCGGUCCAAGUGCACCUGGUGUUGUGACAGACGGAGGAUCUCAAAGUGACAGUUCAAGUAGUGACUACUACUCUUGGCACAAAGGUUCUCGAGGGAGUUCUCCAUCCCAUGUACGUUUUCAGGAUGAAUCUGAAAGAGACGUACAAGAGAGAUAUCGAGAACGUCAACAUGUUCCACAGACUUCUCUAACCAACACUCCUCCACCAAAGAGACAGGCAAAUGGAUCUCCUUCCUGGACAGACCAAUUGUCACCAUCUGGUCAUGGACAGUGUGGGACUUGUGGCUCCAAUAUUAAAGCAUCAGGAGCCAGUCCAGCUGCUAUUCAUGGUACUAACCUACGAAAUGUUCACUUAGGCUCAAAAAUUACUCAGGAUGGCUCCCUAAGCUCAACUUUGGGGGUCAAGCCCUCUCCUCACUGGAUUCUACCUUCCCAACCAUGGCGAGUACAUACAGAGCUGAUCCGUGAAACGCACAUUGGCGGUGACUCGACCGCAGAUUCCUCUGGAGAAGAAGAGGGAAGUAGGACUCUUGGUAACAAAAAUCAAAAAUGGGGAAUCCCCAAGUUUACACCUGAGCAUGGUGCCACAUUACGCACAACACACUCAUUCUCAGAUGGUCAGACAAGAGCUGGGGGGUCAUACUCUGAGCAAGCCAUUAAGGUCAAAAAUGGUACCUCUGUUUUUGCUCUGGAAAGCAGAUUUAAAGAUAAGGCAGCCAUUUUAGAACCCAAUUCUAUACUCAAAAUGUCAGAAUUGAAUCCACAGGUGAGUGCCCUGACUGGUGGGUCUCAUGUUGAUUCUGUAAGAACUGGUUUAACGCAGAUGCCACAAGACAUUGAAACUAAACUCACAAGAAAAUCCAAGUGUGUAACGCUUGACACUGAGAAGGGAAUCAAUACAUUACAUACAGAGAUAGAAACUAGGAACAUUGUAUUAAAUUUAGAUUCUAGACAAGGAACAACUGAACAGACAAAGACUAGAGACCAUGCUGCUCCUAUCGUUCCUUGCAUGCCAUACAUGGUCUCUCAAUCAGAUUCUGGCAAAAUGCAAAGAAGUCUUUCUAACCGUGUGCCUAUUCCUCCACCAGGAAAAGCACCCACUGUAGUGCUAUCUAGAAAUGGUAGACUUGCAGUCCGUACAGAGAGUGUCCACCAACAGCUAUUACAAGGAGGAAAUAAGGUACCAGUAUUCCAGGACAAAAAGGGAAUUCAAUCAGACCUAGUGCCAAACUCUAAAGUGACCAAUCCUGAUGUUCCUGGAGAUAUAGACAAUCAUCAUUUGUCUACAGCUAGCAUGAAAGUAAUAGAACCUAAGUUCGGAGAGGCAUUGCCAAGUUCCAAGAAACCAUCAGAGGAGAGAAAGAGCAAGGAGGCCAAGGAGAAUAAGUCUUCUGGAAAGAAACAUGUGAAAAGGGAACCAAGAGAACAUGAGAGCUCUCAUGCUGGUAAUAGACAUGUCCACUGUGAGAGAUAUAACUCAACAAAAGAACUUCACGAACCUGGGCUUAGUCCUAAAGUCAGUAGUCACUCAAGGGAAGAGAAUGAAGGGAUUUUUUUGAGGAAAGAAAAGUGCACUGAGAAAUCUAAAACAAAUGGACAACAAGCUGCAAACAAUGAGCGAACAGGUUCUGGUCCAGUAAUUGCAACCAAAGACAGGUGCAUGGAGUUGGCACAUGAUAGCAAAGUUCAGUCUGAGGUUAAGAAAGGAGACAUCCGCAGUGGAAUGAGAAAAAUUUUCUCCAGCAUUGGCCUAACUUCAAGACCCAAGUUGGAGCGGUUUCAGUCUUCUAGCUUGGAACAGAUAACUCCUCCAGAGCUUCAUAAGGGACACGCAUCCGCAAAUGGAGAGAAUGAGUCAUCUGAAAAGCUGGGUACGAUAAAGAAGAGUCCAUCAUUGCAAUCUCUGAAGCUGAUGUCACCAUUUAACCUACCAAGAAGAGCAUCCUCUGUCCAGAACUUGUUGGGGAAGUCAGACCGCUCUGCUGCCUACAUUACAGGAGAAGCCAACACCGCUCCAAGGCGUGCACUCAGCGUAGAAGACAUUGGAUCUCCUGGCAUGGCUCGUGCUUUAGGGAAGGUGGCGGAGGUUUACCCAGAUGGUACUCGCCUUUUGGAAUUGCAUUGUCUUGAAAAGGGAGGUUUCGGGUUCAGUAUUUCUUCUGGUAAUGGGAGGCCAGACUCAGGUAUAUAUGUGCAGGACAUGAGCGACGUCAACACUGCCAAGCUUUAUUCCGGCCUCCUGAGAGUCGGAGAUGAGAUCUUAGAGGUGAACGGGGCUAAAGUGUCUACACUGGGACUGGGACAACUGAAGGACAUCCUGCUCCGCGAAUCUGUGUUGUCGUUACGUGUUUUACAUCAGAGAAGGACCAAGUGCUGACAGGACACAUGGCGGAGUCACAUGGUACUUACAGGUGAUGGAAGACACUAAGGCGUCCUCCUCUGAGGUCACCGCUUCCGUCUCGAGCUCGUGUUAGAUUUUUGGGAACGUCUUUGUUUACCAAACUACAUUUUGCACAGUGUGACGUCACGUCCUGUUUAAGCAGCAACACUGGUGUGACAGCCCGAAGGAGGCCAUACCUGUACCGCCGCCGCACAUCCAACUUCUAUACCGCACAGUAUUACGCUGAUGGACCACAAGAGGCUGACAAUCUCCGUUUUCCUGACAUGGAUCCCCUCCCCCACCUUUUGCACAGGUUACGUUCCGUGUUUAUUUUUUGUGUAUUUAUGAACCUUUUGCUCCUCACUGCCUAUUCCGAUUUUAAUAUAUUAAACUUUUCCGUUU